AUGGCCAUCUUCUGUUUUCUUGUAGACCAAAGGAAGCAAGUCCGAGGGAGGAAGCCUGCGGCCGGUUUAUGCUCGAGGUGCGGAGGAGGAGCAGUGGUGGCUGACAUGAAAACCUCCACAAGAUUCUGCGGGGUUCCCUUUUACCGCAAAGCUUGGAAGGCCAUUGUCUGUCACUUCUGUGGAGCUGUGCUCAAAUCUUACCACUGAUAACUGAUGUACCAACCAUAUUUGUUAUUUUUUUUGUUUUUCUAAAUAAUUUGUUUGUUUUAAUGAAUCAAGCUACUUGCCAUUGUAUGUAGCUUGACUGCCUAGAGAGCCCCCUACUGUUUUGUUGUUAUUCAGCUAUUUUUCUAUAAGCUUUUGAGAUGGAUCUUCUCCUUUUUGUU